AGAGAGAGAGAGAAACGGAGAAGCAAACCUUAACUUCCUCAACGCCAACCUCCCUCCCUCUCCGUCGCCAUGGGACCUCAAGACGAGCGCCGGCAGCCCCUCCUGCACUCCUCCUCCGACACAGAAGAGGAGGCCGCCUACGACGCCGCCGAGAAGGUCCAGAUCGUCUCCGGCGGCGGCGGCGACGGCGACGGCGACGACCCCUCCGCCUCCUCGGGCCGCCCGUCCUCCUCCGGCGGCGCGCCGCCGUUCUCGUGGCGGAAGCUGUGGCUCUUCACCGGCCCGGGGUUCCUGAUGAGCAUCGCCUUCCUCGACCCCGGGAACCUGGAGGGCGACCUCCAGGCCGGCGCCAUCGCCGGCUACUCCCUGCUGUGGCUCCUCAUGUGGGCCACCGCCAUGGGGCUCCUUGUCCAGCUCCUCUCCGCCCGGCUCGGCGUCGCGACGGGGCGGCACCUGGCCGAGCUGUGCCGGGAGGAGUACCCGCCGUGGGCGAGGAUGGUGCUGUGGGUGAUGGCCGAGCUGGCCCUCAUCGGCGCGGACAUACAGGAGGUCAUCGGCAGCGCCAUCGCCAUCAAGAUUCUCAGCAAUGGGGUCUUGCCCCUCUGGUCCGGCGUCGUCAUCACUGCCGCUGAUUGCUUUAUCUUUCUGUUACUUGAGAACUAUGGAGUGAGGAAACUUGAAGCAUUUUUUGCCUUCCUUAUUGCAACGAUGGCAAUGGCAUUUGCCUGGAUGUUUGCUGAUGCAAAGCCAAGUGGAACCGAGCUGCUUUUGGGCAUGUUGAUCCCGAAACUUAGCUCCAGAACAAUAAAGCAAGCCGUGGGAGUCGUGGGUUGCAUUAUUAUGCCUCACAAUGUGUUCUUGCACUCGGCCCUCGUGCAAUCGAGGGAGAUUGACCAUAACCAAAAGGGCAGGGUCCACGAAGCCCUGAGGUAUUACUCAAUAGAAUCCACUGCCGCCCUCGUGAUCUCCUUCAUCAUCAAUCUCUUUGUCACGACUGUUUUUGCGAAGGGUUUCUACGGCACUCCGGCUGCCAACAGCAUUGGUCUUGUAAAUGCCGGGCAGUAUCUCCAAGAGAAAUACGGGGGAGGCCUUUUUCCUAUACUGUACAUAUGGGGAAUAGGGUUGUUAGCUGCGGGGCAGAGCAGCACCAUCACAGGCACUUAUGCCGGGCAAUUUAUAAUGGGGGGUUUUCUUAACCUGCGUUUGAAGAAAUGGUUGAGGGCGUUGAUCACGCGGAGCUGUGCGAUCGUGCCGACUAUGAUAGUGGCUCUUGUUUUCGAUACUGAGGAGACGCUAGAUGUUCUGAACGAGUGGCUUAAUGUGCUCCAAUCAAUACAGAUCCCUUUCGCACUUAUCCCUCUUCUCUAUCUGGUCUCCAGGGAGCAGAUCAUGGGCUCUUUUAAGAUCGGCCCUGUUCUUAAGAUCGUCUCUUGGCUCGUGGCUGCUCUGGUGAUUGUGAUCAACGGCUAUCUUUUACUGGAUUUCUUCUCCAAUGAAGUAACCGGCAUUAUGUUCGGCACCGUCGUGUCUGGUUUCACGGCUGCCUACGUCGCAUUCAUACUGUACCUUGUUUCUCGGGGCCUAACGUUUUCAUCGUGGCGCAACCUCGUACAAUCUAAGACGGUCACUGCCACAGAGAGUUAAAAGCGGGCCAAUCGAUGGAGUCUGGUGUACAUUAACAGACACUGCUUCAAUCCGGCAGCCUUUUAUUUGUGAAGUCAUUCAAGGGCUCCUCAUCAUAUUGGCAUAUCUACAGUGUCGUUUUGGAUGAAGCGUGUACUUUUACACUUAGACGCACUCACAGGGACCUGUGUAGAGAGAAUUGAAUCCGAGCCAUUGGACUAAAACGAGAGAAGGGUUCAAAGAAACCAGCUAAAUGUACAAUUAGGCUAUUCGAUAUUUCAGCUGUGGACAGGGUUACUGAAAUGGAAAACAUUGCAGUGGUAUGAUGUUAAUAUCUUUGGCUUGGAUACUUGUGGACAUGUUACUGCCUUACAUGUAUGAUAUAUAGCUCAUAAAACUCCUUAUGUUGAAAACAGAAGUGCAAAGAAACAAGAACACAAAAAAGUUGAAGUC